UAACAUUACCGAGGCUGAGCGGUGCAGCUGGGGGGCACCUGUGGCCGAAAGGAUUAUAUAAAAGAAAUAUAUUCAACUCAAAUUUUGUUUGCACCCUCAAAAUCAGUGGAAAUGUUCAACAGCCUUCGCAGGGAGUUCGAUGAGGAUCCGUUUUUCUCGGGGGAUCCAUUCCAGGCUCAUAGGGAACAUAUGCGGCACAUGAUGCGAAGCUUCUCUGAGCCAUUCGGCGGGCCCAUCAUGCCCAGUAUAAUGGAUGGAAGACACCGCCGUCAUGAUGUGGCAGAACAUCCAAGCUCAUCUUUGGCGCUGAGGGAUGAGCACAGGGAUAUGAGCCGGUCGUUGUUGCCCUUUGGCAGUGUUGACAGCACGGACAUGAUGAUGAACCCAUUCGGCAUGUUCGACAACAUGAUGUCCAACAUGAGAAACAGGAUGGGAGACAUGCCCAGAAACUUUGAGAACAUGUCCACAGAUUCAAACACCCACUCAUUCAGCUCCUCAUCAGUCAUGACAUACUCAAAGGUUGGAAAUGAGCCUCCCAAGGUCUUCCAGGCGAGCUCAUCAACACGCCAUGCCCCUGGAGGGAUCAAGGAGACACGGAAAGCAAUUAAGGACUCUGAGAGCGGUCUGGAGAAGAUGUCCAUUGGUCACCACAUCCAGGACAGGGGACAUGUUGUUGAGAGGAAAUUCAACAAGAAAACAGGAGAGAAGGAGUUAAACCAGGACUUUCAGAAUAUGGAUGAGUCUGAAGCUCAGACUUUUGACUAUGAGUGGCAGCAGGAGGUGUCCAAGUUUGGGCCAUCUGGCCCCAUGUCCCGUCUGCAGGAACCCCAGGCCCUAACCCGUGGCGUUCACCGAGCAGCCCUCACCGGUCCUGAGCAGGAGCACAGGGACCAACCAAAGGACAAGGCUAAGGGUAAGAGCAACAUGAACGGCUCAAGCUCGACAAAGCAGUGAAAACAUCUGUUUGUGCGCUUAUUAAAGUCUUUCAAGCAUCAUGCAGUACGCCCCAGUGCUCUGUACACACACACACACACACACACACACACACACACACACACACCUUGGUUUCAUCAUAUAGAAAGAAUCAGAAGACACUGACCCAGAUUUUAGAAUAUUCAUGAGGCUAUACAUUUUAUAUUACUGCUCCCCAGUUUCCAAAGCAUACUGCACAGUAUGAACUGAAACCUGCUGAAAAUAGCAGCCCCGUCACAGUGCACAUUACUCUUACCAUGUUGCUGUUACAUACAAUGUAAGACUGACUGUACAUCAACAUGUAGUUAAGGUUGGCAGGCACUACUUCUAUCAUUGCACAGUAACACUCAAAGAGCAAUUUAAAUGAUUUGGCAUCAGAUUAAUGGGAUUUUCUCUAUGUAUGGUAUUGUGAUAAUGCCAUCUGUUUGUCACAUCAUGUAAUUUGCAUAAUGCAACAAGGCAGAAAGUGUUGUGACUUAUCUACUGUUUGAAAUCCACUAAUGUGCUUAGACAAUGUCUAAAUUAUCCUCAUGUCAUUGUAUUGUACCUGAUGCUCUGGAUAUAUUAUUUUAUCUGCUGUAAUCUUUGUAAAAAGAAAAAUCAUACUCUACCCUUUUUAUAUGUUACUUCUCGUUUUUCAUUUGAUGAACUCUGUGCUGCGUGGCACGGUAUCUUGACAACUGGAUUAUUCGCAAUAAUUCUAGCUUCGUUCUUGUAUAUUUUUCAAGCUUUAAAAACAAAUUGUGUCAAGGUAGACUAUUGUCUGAAAAUAAAGAUA